GCUCGGCCCCCUCGGCCCCGCGCUCACGGCACUGCUGCUGCUGCUGCUGGGCUUGAGCUCGCCCGGAGCGGCCCUGGCUCGGAAUCUCGGUGAGUUUGAGAUGACGGACUCAGCGGAAAUACCCCAGCGACAAGUUCGAGCCGCCCGGCCGCCCCUGCCCGGUGAGUUGGGCCUCGCGGGACUUGCGGCGGCCGGCGCUCUGCCAGGGGUACCAGGAGCGCCCGGAGACAAGCAACCGCGGUACGACACGGCCUACGCGUGCGAGGGCAAGACGCUGACCAUCGCGUGCCGGCCGGGCGAGCAGAUCCACCUGAUCCGAGCCAACUACGGCCGCUUCUCCAUCACCAUCUGCAACGACCACGGCAACACCGAGUGGUCCGUCAACUGCAUGUCGCCCAAGAGCCUCCGCGUCCUGCACAACAAAUGUAGCGAGCAGCAGAACUGCAGCGUGGCCGCGCACACCAGCAUGUUCGGGGACCCGUGCCCCGGCACGCUCAAGUACCUCGAGGCUCACUACCAGUGCACGCCAGUGUCGAGUGUGGCGUCCACGCCGCGGGCCAGCCCGCCGUGGCUCAUCACGUCGCAGCCCAGCGUGUGGAGCACGGCCAAGCUGCCCCCGGGGCUGCUCAAGCCCGCCGCGCCGCCGCAGCCGCCCCCGCAGCCCCACGUCAACUGCGAGCAUUGA